GUUUCCCCUCUUUUUCUCUUUUCUUUUCUGUGUGAAAUUCAAUGGACGAUUUACCGCCACACCUGGUCGUCGAAAUCUUGAGUCGAAUCGGCGACUCCACCGAUCUGGCGGCGUGCCGACUGGUCUCCAAAACCCUAAACUCCCUCUCUCGCGAAGUCCGUUCGGUAAAUCUUACCUGCACCCUGUCUCGCUACCUCAAAUCGCGCUCGCCAGAGACCUGCAACCUUUUGACGCCCUUCAAGACUAUCUUCAACGGGCUGAUCCUCCGUUCCCGGGGCCUCGAUUCCGUCACCGUCGGCGUCGAUAAGUCUUUCAUUGAAAUUCCCUUCGACGACGACGAGUAUGACGAGUCCGAUGAUUUGUAUUUGACCGAUGUGGCGUUCGUGAAGGAAUGGUUGCCCAAGGUAUGUGGAGAGUUGAGGUCAUUGUCGAUUUCGGAUUUCUGGAUUCAAUCUUGCUGGAGGAGCUCUAAGGUUCUGGUUUUGAUUUCUUCAUGCUGCAGUAAUCUUCGAGAACUAAAGCUGAAGAAUACUUGGCUUUCAGUGGAUGGGCUGAAUCCGAUGCCGACACUCACAAAUUUGACACUUGAGCACGUUAGACUUGAUGAUAAGGACCUAGGCAUGGUUAAUAAUUGCUUUCCUUCUCUUCAAGUUCUGAAUUUGGUAGGGGUUGGAGGUCUUGAAACGCCAACGAUUCGUCUUUUGCAUCUUAAGAGCUGUCUAUGGAACGUGUCAAAUGCUCCGUAUUUGUUGGCUAUAAUUGCUCCAAAUCUUGUGACCCUCAAGCUGACAUGUAUUAGACCAAGAUCCCUAAUCCUCCAUACUCCAUUGCUGUCUGAUUUCUAUCUUUCACUCGAAAAGGCAGAAGAGAUCCAAGCAACAGACCUCUGUAAUUUGAAAACCCUUGAGCUUGAAUCUUUAAGCCUGGAUAGUGUUCUUGGCAUGUUCCCAUCUGGUAAAACAGUUAAAAAGCUGACACUGGAAUCAUUGAAAAAGACUGAUUCUGUUGAAACAAAAUUUGGAUUGGAAGUAUUGUUUGAUUUGUUUCCAAAUCUGUGCUCUCUUAACUUAGGCCCUGGCGCUUGGACUGAAGCAGAGAUCUGGUUUCGCGAGAGGGGUUUGAAAGGUGCAUCUGAGAUGGAGAGUCUAGAAAAAAUUAUUGGACGUUUGGUGGUAAAUAACUUGGAUGUUACCAUAUCCUUUAUUCACUCUCUAUUGGAUAAAUGCACAAAGGUGUCAGACAUGACGUUACUUCUGCAAGAGGAUUCUUGGGCUGCCUCCAGUCUCAUUUCUAGAUGUGCAAUUGAUCAUCCAAGAAUAAGAUGGAGAUGGGGGACGUGGAAAGAGGGAUCAAAAGAUACCUGGAUCUCAAAUGGUGUUUGAUUUGGCAACCCAACAGUGUUAAGAAGGAAAGUAUAUAGUGUAAUCUUGUGGAGUUAUUUGUCUACUGGUAGUGUGAUAAGAGAUCAUAAAGAUGUUUCAGGAUCUGAAGAUGAUGAAAUAUAGUUUUGCUGCAUUGAGAUUCACAGAGCAGCUGUAACACAUAGACACCAGUACUUCAUAAUCUGUGUGAACAAAACAGUUGCCUGGAGAAAGAAAAUGUGUAUGGAUAAUUGUAAAAGGAUUCAGUGAUCAAGUCCAUCAGUGGUUUCUUAUGGUGCAUCUUUUUCCCGAAUCCUGAUGUGAAGUUGUGAGUGACUGAACCAUGUUGAAGAAGAAUAAAAGUUGUAAAUACUAGCUUUUCCUGUCACUCUAGCUUGUAGAAAAGAUACUAAAAUAGGAAAACCAAACAUCUGUAGGCAGAUUGUUCAAAAUUUCUGUGUGAAUAUGUUCUUUGAGGUUCACUUUUCUACAUGAAAUAUUAUCUGCUGCAUUACAAAUGUUUAC